ACGUUUACGCGGCAUUUUGUACGAACUUUUUCUGAUAUUUCAAUUGAAUUUAUAACGUUAAUUUAAAAUAUUAUUGAUAAAAAUGGCUAGUGAAGCAAUUUUAAAAUAUCUAGUGGAUACAAAUAGACCUUAUUCAUGUGCAGAUGUUACAGUUAACUUAAGAGGGGCUUACACGAAAAAUGCAGUUCAAAAAGCUCUUGAUGCUUUAAAUGAGUCGGGUAAAAUAAAAUGUAAAUUGUAUGGCAAACAAAAAGUUUAUGCUGCUUUACAGUUAGAAAAUGUGGAAGAAAGUUCUGACACUGAAGAUUACGACACUCAAAUAAGCAACAUAACGAAUGUUUUAAACGACAAAACGUCCGACUUAAAGAAGGCAGAAGCUAAUCUUAAGAACCUUGUAUCUGCCCCCACAAAUGAUAUGACAAAAUCUCAAAUAGAGGAAGUUAAAAAUAGCAUAGAUAAACUGGAAAAGAAAUUGAACGAUCUACAUAACACUACAGAGGUCAUAAGUGCUGGUGAAAAGAAAAUUCUUUUGGAGCAACACGAAAAGGCUCUAAAAGAAUAUAGGAAACGUAAAAGGAUCUCUUCUGAUAUGCUGGAUGCGGUGUUGGAAGGCUACCCUAAAUCGAAAAAGAGUUUUCUAGAAGAGUUUUGUAUAGAAACCGAUGAAAUGGUUAAUUUUAGUCUUAAAACACAAUAGUGUUCCAAUUUUUCAAUAAACAUUAUUAACUGAA